AUGGCCUCCCCUCCUCCACUGUCCCCACGGAUGACUCCCACACCGGCGGUCCUAGCGGACUACCUCUCAGGAUACAGGCAUACAGACUUCCCAGAUCUCUCUUCCCGGCGGUUCGCUCCUAACGCUCUCCAUUCGGUCUCACUACCAAUAGAGCAUGGCUCUGAUUUGGAGUUGUCUUCCCUCUACCCCAUAAUCGUAGCCGCGCUGGGCCGUGUCCUUGGUGCGUACUGCGGCUGUCAAGACAUCCUCCUCGCCCUCGCUGUCGACGAGCAUGAGCACGUCCUGCCUGUGCGGAUCUCCUGGACCGAGAACCAGACCUGGAAGGACGUCGUAUCAAACGUUAAACACGCCCUAGAAGGUCUUCCCUCGCCCCUCGUCCAUCCCGAUGUCCUCCGGCAUGCGCUUGAACUGUCCCCCAAGCAACUUCCGGCCGCGGCCCUCGUGAGCGUCGUCCAAGCUGUUCCUGUCGCAAGUGACCGCCUUGACGAAGCAUGCGGUCUUCAACCCAACUCACAGCUCGCAAGGGUACCCGAGCUUUCGGCUGACUUGUUGUCCUCCUGGGAGCGCCAAGACGACACCAAGGCUGGCGAGACAUACUGCUUUCUGCCCCAGACGAGGCUUGUGUACGACCACUUGUCGAUGCGCGCUGCCGAGAACCCAGAUGGUAUCGCAGUCCAUUGGUUUGCAGACCUUUCCACCGACGUCCCGAUUUCCUCCUACACCCCCGACACCAUCACCUAUAUCAACUUGGAACGGCGUAGCAACCAGUUCGGUCGAUGGCUCAUUCAACGUGGGCUUGCCAGGGGACGCGCUGUUGCCAUCUGCAAGUUACGCGACAUCUGGUUUCAUGUCGCACUCCUCGAGGCGACCAGGUCGCUGGCGCACUUCAGCGCCGCGGCGGUGUUCGAUCGACCCGUUCGAGAGAACUAUCUGUCUAUCGCAUCCGUCGCAUUCGACGUUCACUUAUCCGAAAUCUUCUGUGCUUUCGCCGUCAGCCUUCCUAUCGUCUCCGCGCCGCGGUCUCUUUUGUUGGAGGAUCUUCCCUACUACAUCAAGCACCUGCGUAUUUCACAUGUCGGUAUCGUGCCAAGUCUCAUCGAAGCAACAAUGGGACAAGUCCAGGAAGCCAAAGAAGCUGGCCAAGAGAUGGCGCUCCGCUAUAUCGCGAGCGGAGGCGAAAAGAUGAGCGAUGCAAUUCUUGACCAAUGGGCAUCGCAUCCAACUGUUCGUCUGGCCAAUUUCUACGGUCCGAGCGAAGUUACAAUUGGCUGUGCAGCACGCUUCAUGGACAAGGACACUCCCAGGGCGAACAUCGGGCACACGUUCUCAACGUUGCAUCCUACGUUGUGGAUGAAGACCUCAACGUCGUCCUCCGCGAAGGUCUUUCUCCGAUUCCCGAACGACGGAAGCGAGCGGUGGGCGUAUCGCACUGGCGACCUCGUGCGCAUGAUGCCGGAUCAAACCCUCGAAAUCAUCGGCCGUAUCGAUACGCAGAUCAAGCUUCGUGGCGUGCGCAUAGAAUCGGAAGGCAUUUCCUCCAUCAUCAGGAACGCCGCGGCCCCGGCCCGGACUCUCGACGUUCUCACCGUGCUCGCCAAGCAUCCCGACAUUGGAGUCGACCAGCUCGUGUCCUUCAUCGCUUGGGACCAGGCCAUCCCGAUCGCACUCAACCCCGGCACCAACCUGUUCGAAUGUGGCAUGCAUUCCCUCGCGGUCGCUGGGUUGUCUGGGGAGGUGCGCAAAACGUUCGGCGUCAAGAUUUCUCCUGCGCGUAUCAUGCAAUCGCCUGUCAUCGGUGACAUUGCAACGCUAAUCGACGGGGAAAGUAGCAAGACCUCUUCGACCCACGGCACUUCAGCGGUAGAGAAGUUUGCUGACCACAUCCGAACGGAACUCGAUGCAGCGUAUCCUGGAAAUAGGAUAGAAGCCGUACUUCCUCCGUUCCCCGUGCAAGAGGGUGUCUUAUAUCGCUCAACAAACGCCCUACGAUCGAACGUCGUCAUCGCAAGCGUCGAAUCCGCGUGGACAGAGCUCGUCAAGAAUCACGAGAUGAUGCGAACCGUUUUUCACUUUGGCUCGGAGCUUGUUCAGGUCGUCCUGGACGCAGACGCGUGCGGCCCGUGCAUAUCGCAUCAAGAAAUUAACCUCAGUGAUGACCAGAGCUUCCAAGGCUACUUCAUCAAACACUUCGCAUCUACUGUCGCCCGUGAUGUCAACGAGAAAAUCACCGAGGUCCCACCAGUCCGCCUGUUGUUCUUCAACGGUCCCCCAAGCGCUCGUUACCUCGUACUCUCCAUUCACCAUGCCUUGUACGAUGGCAUUUCUCUUCCGGUGCUUCUCCAGGAUAUAGAACGCGCAUACAAUCACCAGCCUCAGCUUCAAUCCGCUCCUCUCCGCGACAUCCUUGAACAGUUCAUGACCAUAGAUUACGACGCAGCUCGCUCCUUCUGGACCACCCACCUCAAAGACUACCCAUGGCAUCGUCUACUCAACAAAGCAGCUUCCUCUUCUUCUCCCAAUAUCGCUUCUGUUCAUUUCAAGCACCCACUAUCGGCCUUGCAGAGCAAAGCGGCGAGCAAACAGGUCACCUUGCAAGCACUGUUCAUGUGUGCUUAUGGCUCGUUAGUCGCGGAGCACAUAUAUAGUCACGAUGAUGUGGUGUUUGGAGCCAUCCGCUCUGGACGGUCGCUUCCAGUUGACCACCUCGAUACCACGAUCUGCCCCGUGAUCAUCGUCGUUCCAGCCCGUAAUACCCAGCAAGAGAUCGCGCGGGCGGGCGAGUAUGAGCAUAUCCCCCUGAGUCGUAUACAGAAGUGGAUUCCGGAGUGCACAGGUUCCCUCUUCGAUACACUCUUCUCUGUAUCAUUCAAAGAGAACGGUACAAGCGCGCUGUGGAACAUCAUUGAAAGUCAAAACCCGGAGCCAGACUACAUUCUCGCGGUUGAAGUGGUCCUCGACCCAGCGCAAGAUCAAGUCGUCGUUCAUGCCGCUUUCACGUCGGACGAUAUAUCCGCGGCAGUCGUACAGCAGAUUCUCAGCCAACUUGAGGAUGUCGCCACGCGCAUCGCCAACGACACCAAGUGGGCUCCUUCAUUUGCGCUCUCUAAGCAGAACGGAACAAGCGUUGUACCACCCCCCAGCCGACAGUUCGACGAGGAGCCUAUUCUAUUUUCCGUAGAUCGGGAAGUGGUUUCCAAUAUCUGUACCAUCGCCGCUCAGUUCCUCCGUGUCAACGACAACCUGAUCAAAUCGGAGACUUCCCUGCUUUCGCUCGGCCUCGACUCCAUCAAGUCCGUUGGACUCAGUCGGAAGCUUUCUGCCGCGGGCCUGCGGCUGACGUCGGCGGACAUCAUGAAGUUUCCGACACCCCUUCGUCUGGCUGCACACAUGCAGGCCUCAUCGACUUCCCAGAACUCUGUCGACGAAGCCAUCGACAAUUCAGCAUUCGCGGCAGACAGCGCAAAGUUGAAGGAUCUCCUCGGCAGCAACGUCAAGUUGUCUGAGGACGAUGAAGUGAAGGUCUAUCCUACCAGCAUGCUGCAGUCGGGGAUGUUAUCCCAGACCGUUCAUUCGCAAGGGCACCUCUACGUACACCUCUUCCCCUUGCGUCUGGCUGCGGAUACACACGUCGAGCGCGUGAAGGCCGCGUGGGAGAGAGCAAUCUCCUUGUUUGACAUCCUGCGAACUACGUUCCAUUUCAUCGCCGCCGAAGGCGUCUGGGCUCAAGUCGUUCAUAGCACAUCCACGGUCCAGUGGUCCGAGCACUCGUUCAUCUUAGAGGAUCAGCUUGUCGACGUCUUGAACCCCCUCCUGAAGAUCGCGGAUGAAGACAGAAUGUUCGAGCGUCCUCCCGUGUACCUCAACCUUGUAUCCGGCCCUACUCCAAACGAACCUCAGCACCUCGUCGUUGUCAUGCACCACGCGCUGUAUGAUGGUCAUUCAAUCUCAGAUCUAUUCUAUGUCGUGCAGCAGAUAUAUGCUGGUACAAAGCCCCCUCGACGACCCGAGUACCACCAGCUGCUCCCACGUAUCAAGUGGCAAGAACGGAACGGAACCUCGUUUUGGGCCGAACGCCUUCGCGGCCUUCAACACGUUCCAAUACCCAAGAAGAACAGCCCUGAUCAGCCUGCCACUACGUUUCAUACCUCUCUCCCUGUGUCGCUUGACCUAGAACAAAUUCGUAGGGCUUGUGGAAACGCUCAGGUCACUCCUCAGUGUCUGGGUCAGGCGGCAUUUGCAAAAAUCCUUGCCACCCUGACAAAAUGUCGGGACGUCGUCUUCGGUCGUGUGGUGUCCGGUCGUGAUAUGCCGGGAGCGGACGAAGUUGUCGGCCCGAUGCUGAACACCAUCCCAUGCCGCAUCGUCAUCUCGACGGAUGCCUCCAACAAGGAGUUGCUCCAACAAGUGCACGACCACAACAUCACAUGCUUGCGCUGGCAGCACGCUUCACUACGCUCCAUUCAGCGCGAAGUCGGCGUUAGUGAUCUUUGGGACAGCCUGUUCGUCUUCCAACCGAAGGGCGAGGCGCAACAGUCGGAGCAAGCUGCGCCAUGGAUGUUUGACGUGGGUGAUGGUGUGGAUUUGAGCAUUCAGUAUCCUUUGAACAUCGAGCUCCAUGAGACGGAGACCGGAUUCACGGUGGAAGCCGCCUGCAUGUCGAGCAUCGCCAAUCAAGAUGAGCUUCGUGGCAUCGUCUUGAAGUACGCGAACUUCCUAGGCGACAUGUUCCAACAGCUAGACGGUCCAGCAAGCGCGGGCUUGCCCGAAAUCCCUACUGCUCCAUCCGCGCCCACAGGGAAGGCAAUCGUCGACGAACCAUCACAGCCCGACCUUCAAGAUGAUGAUGAGUGGCUCGUCGCAAUUCGAGGAGUUCUCGCCGUAGCUGCCAGAGUAUCGGAGGCUAAGAUUGUACAGGGAACGCACCUCGCUACCCUCGGCAUCGACUCCAUCACGGCGAUCCAGAUCAGCGCGAAUGCUAGACGCAUCGGUCUCCGACUCUCGGCGGUGCAAGUGGCACAGAGCAAGACUGUCUCUGACCUCGUUCAGAAGAUCAAGGAAAAAGUCCCGUCCAAUGCAUCCAACGGCAAGAUCGCGAAUGGUGAGAUCAGGAACGUUACCAAUGACGGCUCUCCCAAAGUUCCUCUCACUCUCGACGUACCUCGCACACGCUGGACAUCCAUCGUUCCAGCUCAUCUUGUCGACGACGUUGAGCGGAUCACCGCAACAUCUGCCGGAAUGGAAUGGAUGAUCGGGAUGUGGCAGAGAAGCAAAGGCUCCCGAUUCCAGCAUGUAUUCGGUUACCUUCUUCCCGCCGACGUCAACCCAUCCAGGCUCCAGAGCGCAUGGGACCAACUCCUCCUCAAACACGCGAUACUACGUUCGACCUUCGCAUACGACACUGAUCAUCUGGUCCCUCGCACCGUCAUCUUCAAGCCUUCCGCGGUCGCUUCAUUGUGGUCACAAGAAACCCCGGAUUCAGCAGAAGAUGCGUUCUCAGUGGUUCAACAGCGCAUGAAGGAUUUGGUAUCCCACCCACCCUCAUUCGAGCGUCCAUGGACGCGGGGCCUUUUCCUGUCAUUCUCUCAGUCCAACUACCUCGUAAUUCGCUUCCAUCAUUUCCAGUACGAUGCCUGGAGUCUGCAGCUUCUCGUGGACGACCUAUCGCGCCUCUAUGUGGGCGAUGCCCCGCGUAGUUCCAACAAUCUUGAUGGCUUUCUUCUAUAUGUCAACCCGUCGUCCCCCACCGUCAGGGAAGAGAAAGCACACUACUGGGAGGCUACGUUCCGGGAUCAAACCGUCACGUUAUUCCCCUCUUUGAGCAACGCUUGUCUUUCUUCCCGCGGAGUUCACAUCGACCAAUCGGCCGUUUCAGAUGCCGCGAAGUUGGAAGGGAUGGCUCGAAAUAUGUCAAUCUCCCUUCAAAGCGUUUUCCUCGCUUGCUGGUCCCAAGUACAAGCCAAGCACACUCAAUCAGACGCCAUCACGUUUUCGCUAUGGCACUCAGGUAGAACCGGCGACCUGGAAGAAGCGGAACGACUCGCAGUCGCUUGUGUCAACACCCUUCCUUUCCUUGUCCCGGGGGCACAAUCCAGCGACACGCUAUCGCUAGCGAAGCGGAUACAUGAAGACUUGCAGGCCCGUCCUGCUAUGGUGCAGCAAAGCCGUCUUGUUGAGGUCCACGAGUCGAUUGGUCGUGGUAACGAGCCCUUGUCCAAUGUCUUCGUGAACAUCGUCAAGAUCGCCCCUGAUGUAGAAAAGUCGUCCAGCGAACUGUUUCAAGGACUGGAGGUGCCGUACUACAUUCCUCAGGUUCCCGAUGAUGCUGCCGUGGGCAUGAGCGAGCUGCGAGUCACCCAGAUCAUUCGAGACGACAUCAUGGUAGAGUUCGUGGUCCUCGAAGAGUCAGAUCAAGUCGUAAUGUCCAUCGAAUAUGCUGGUCACAUGCUAGACGAAGAUGGUGCGAAGUUGCUUGUCAGAGAGUGGGGGGCGCUGGUGAAGGACGCGCUGCAUGCAGGUCAGACAUAG